GGAGGUGGAAUCAGAUCGAGGAGAGGCAUGAAGAGUAUCCCUGGGAUCUAAGCUGACAGAUAGGGACAGCAUCUUGUCUGCCCUCGCUCUUCAGGGGAAGCGGAGGGAGGCCAGGAUGGAGGAGAAGAAGCAGUUUCUUUGUGGGGUGGUGGAAGGUUUUUAUGGGAGGCCUUGGUCUAUGGAUCAGAGGAAAGUACUCUUCCAAUGGAUGCAGCACUGGGGGUUGAACACCUACCUGUAUGGUCCGAAAGACGACCUGAAACACAGACUGCUGUGGAGAGAAGUCUAUUCUCCUGAAGAGGAGGGUCAGCUGCGUACUCUCAUAGUAGAGGCCCAGUCAAGAGGCCUCAGGUUUGUUUACGCGCUCUCUCCUGGUCAGGACAUUGUCUUCUCCUCUUCCUGUGACUUGACUCUACUUAAACGCAAGCUAAGACAGGUAUCAGACCUGGGUUGCCAGGCAUUUGCCAUUCUGUUUGAUGACAUUGAUCACUCCAUGUGUCAAGCCGACAGCGAGGCCUUCACUUCAUUCGCCCACGCUCAGGUCACAGUAACCAAUGAGAUUUAUCGGUUCUUGGGGGAACCACCUGUCUUCCUAUUCUGCCCAACAGAGUACUGUGGUUCCCUGUGUUCUCCCAGCGUAUCCAAGUCUCCCUACCUGCAAACUGUCGGAGAGGACCUGCUGCCUAACAUAACAGUAAUAUGGACAGGCAGUAAGGUCAUUUCCAGGAAACUGUCACUAGACUCCCUGGCUGAGGUGGAGUCUGUCCUCCAGCGCCCCCCACUUAUCUGGGACAAUCUGCAUGCCAAUGACUAUGACUCCAGACGCCUCUUUUUGGGGCCCUUUAAGGGUCGAGAGCCUCAGCUGAGGAACCAUCUCAGGGGCCUUCUCCUCAACCCCAACUGCGAGUUUGAAGCCAACUACAUCCCACUGCACACGCUGGGAAGCUGGCACAGAGCUGAAAAAGAGGAUAUGAAAGAUGAGGAGCGUGAUUACUGUCCUGAUAGAGCUCUGUCUGCUGCGCUGAAAGACUGGAUGGAAGAACUCAACCAACCUUUACAAGCUGGCCGGCAGAACGCAAGGACGGACCAGCGUUCCUCUGUCCCAGCAUCUCACUGUAAAACUCCUGACAGAUCUGACUGUCCCUCCACCUUCAGAGGAACCUCUGCUGUGGCCAGACUCCCAGUCUUCCCCCUGAAUUCCAGCUCCCCUCCGUCCUCACCCACUAAGGUGAGUGGGGAGAGGGAAGGACGAGAAGGAGAGAAAAGGAAGUCAAACCAGUCUUGCCAACCGAACCAGCAACCUCCAGGAUCUAAGCCUGGAGUACCUGCAGCUGGAGGCCGGGGACAGAAGGCCCAGGGUCGUGGGCUCUGCAGUGGGAAAGGUCAGUUAAGUGAGUCCCAGGUGCGGCUGCUGGUUGGUCUUCAUUAUCUCCCUCAUGAACAUGGCCCGUCAGCCCAGAAACUGCUGCAGGAUCUGACCUGGCUGAAAACAAACUGCCACCUGGUCAGCGCUAACAGCAAGAAGGCAGCACCUCAGAAGGUUGAUGAAUGGCGUGGGCGGGCCUCCAGGUUUCUUUCUCUGUGUGAAGACAUAGCACAGCUCCACUGCAGUGUCGUGGGCGGGAACAACAGGGCUGUGCUCUAUGACCUUUACCCUUAUGUGUGGGACCUGAGGAACACAGCUCUGGUGGCAAAGGCAUUUAUCUGCUGGCUUGAUGGACGAGUGCUGAGUGACAGCUCUGCCCUCGGGUCCUGGAAGAACUGCUUCCAAUGGUGUGGGAAAACUACAGGAGCGGACCUAUUGGGAGUAGAGUCUGAGCCAUGGGUGUUCAAAGGGGGCGUGUCUGGGGAGGUGCAGAUGCUUCUCCCGAUAGGCAACAGCAGUGAACUUUUCACUCAUCCUCCUCCUCUCUUCCCUACCUCUCGCCUCUACAACAUCAGGCCCUACCACAGCAAAGACAAGGUGGAGCUAUAUCGAAUGGUCCGCCAAUUUCACCUGAGGACGCAGGGUGGCCCAGAGUCCAGCGCUGCUCAUCCGGAUGUAAUAGGAGACAGGUGUCUUGGACCAUGCCUGGCAUUGUGCCCUGAGUACAGCUUCAUCUUGGAGGAUGAGCUGGGUGUUUGCGGCUGUGUGUUAGGCAUCUUGGAUGUUCGCUCCUUUGCCAAGCGGUGCCAGGCCAGCUGGAUACCUGCCAUGAGAGACAAAUACCCACCAAAAAACAACGGCACACACUCAAACACACAGGACUUGAUCCAGCUGAUGGAGGAGGAUCAGGGCGAGUACCCAGACUCGCUGCUCUAUCACUUUCCCUCGCAGCUGAGACUGGAUGCCCUGCCCGAGCUGGUGGACAUCAGCGUCAGCCGCACCCUGCUCACUGCCCUCCUCACUGCGCUUAAGGCCAAUGGUUCUCAGGGUGUGUUCUGUGAGGUGCAGCCUACAGACCGUCAGAGGCUGGAGUUCUUGACAAAACUGGGCUUCCUGGAGAUCCUCAGAGGAGAAGCCAGGAGCAGAGAGGGGGUGGUGCUGGGGAGGCUGCUAUGAACAUAAACACACACAAACACUCACACAAGCAUUCACACGAUCACAUACAUACGCACCACGACAAAUAACAGAGGCAUUUGCACUGAUGUGGUAGAUACACCGAGGCACUUAUGCACACUGAAAAGGUGUUAGAAAUACAGUGUGUACAGCAUGGUAGGAGAUAGACAACUGAGCUUUGCAAAGAAGUGGGGUCCAUAUUUUUCUCCAUCAAGAGAGGAGACCUUAUUUUGAGUGACAGUUCUGGAUUCCUUUGAGUCUGUGUGGCAGUAAUGGGGAUGAACCCAGAGUUUUUGGAGGGAUUUACAAAAUAUAAAAUAAGCUUAAAGUUUAAACCUUUAGCAGAGCUGUGUUAAUCUUUCUCAGAUUCCACCCCGACUGAGGAUUACAAGAUUUCUCAGAGAAAGUCAGCAACAGAAUAGGUUGCGGUCGGAGUGGCGUGCUCGAUCCAAGCAGCUCUGUGGGGCCGUAGGUCAUUUCAUCAGAUGUGUCUUUUCCAAGCUGGAAUAAUCAGUGUUAUGGAGCUUUUUAUCAUUUUUUCUUGUUUACUUGUUUUUUUGGGUCAGGUGUCAAGCUAGUUUGGUUCAUUUGCACUGCUUUCAUUGGGUUAACUUUCAGAAACAGCAGGCUGCCAUUAUCAACAAAAAGAGAAACAUCUUUGUGCACUACCUGCUCUCUAUCAAGCUGCAGACACACACACACACAGACACAGACACUGCUGAAGUGUCCCUAAGGAAGGCAUUAUUGUUUCCAACUGGCCUGACCUCUGACCUCUCAGAGAUCUUCCUCUUAAAGCCUAUCUUACUAAGGAUGAUGUGUCAGACUAGUUCUUACAUAGCCAUAGUAAAUUUUUAAAGCCUUGCCUUUAUUAGUGCACGGAUUACACAAAUCGAGCUUUAGUUUAAGCAGGCCACAAAGUCAAUCGCAUCAGCUGAUCUCAUUAACAGCCCAAUAUUAGCUGAUACGAUCCAUCUACACAUCUAAUUAGCAAAUCUCAUACAGGGCAUGCUAUUCAAGCUUCUUUAGCCUGCCCAGAGUCACUGUGCAUACAAACUGCUUUGCACACUCUCUCCAUCCCAGCUCUGACAUAAUCAGUACCAUAUCUGUUGUCACUGAUGCCUGCUCUGUCCUGUACUGGGGUCUUGCUGAUGAUUUGCCUGCAUCAAAUGUUCCAUGUGUACAUAUGAAAAGGCAAGAAAGUCACAGAAAAGAAAAAAGAAAAAAACAGUCUUCUUUUGUAUAAAGUGGUCCCGACUGAGAUGAUAUAUGAUGCUGUAAUGACGAAGCUUGGUGCUGGUAGGCAGAUAUUGUCAGCUUUGGACUGAGCUAGAUUGUCUGUCUCCCCGUUUCCACUGUGCUAACCUGGCUGUAGCUUCAUAUUAACCACACAGAGAGUGUUGUCAAUCUUCCUGCUAAAGUAUCAAACUUCUUCUAAGCCAACAUGGAAUAAUCCUGUCCAAAACAUGACCACAGAAACGCCUCUGUGGUUGAUCCCGUGCUCUUCUAUGUCUGCUUUGUUUAUAAAUGAUUUUUUUUUUUUUCUCUUAAGGGUUAGGAUGUUUUCCAGUGCCUAUCCUGUUGGAUAAAAAGUCUGCUAACAUCAGAUCAGAACUAGGCCUGGCAUCACUGUUUACACUUGCUUAGUUUAGAUGAAUGUUUACAUGCAUGAAGAACAAAAAAAAUCGUGUGGCUGUUCAGAAAAUAGGGACACAAACAAAUGUCAUUGUACUGGCAUGCUCUAACAUAGCAACAUACAUGAUUUUUAUUGGACAGCCAUAGUAGCUGUAAAGACGUAGGAACACAACAAGAAAAUGCAAACGCAUGCAUGCUCAAAUUCCAUCUGCAACACAAUAACACACUCACACACACAAACACAAGUUUACAUGUAAUUGAGUUGGUUAUAACUGAUACCUCUGCUUCAUUUCGCAUAAUUUCCACAGCCGUCGGCUCUUACAGACAUCAAAGUGUGUGCUACACACUGGCCUUGGUGGUAUGUGUGUGUAUUUUGUAUGAGAUGUACGCAUGUGUGAGUGUGUGCCAAAAAAUACAAACCAAGACAGCUUUGUGAUCUCUGCCUUUAUUCUAAACAACAAUAAUGAACGCAGGUCAAUCUGUUAUCACUAUGUAGGUGUUGUUUCUACAACAUAAUCAAUAAAACACAAUUGUUCCUCCAGGACUGCAGCUGACCAGUCAUGUGGUUGUGAUGUCAUAGCUUUAGGACUUGUGAAAAGGAUUCAGGAAGUCAGAUGAGAUCACAGAAAGAGACAGAAAAAGUCGAGGGAAGGGGUACGCUGUGGUGCUUUACCAAACCAAAAGCCAGUGUUAACUCAUCAUUGUUUUUUCUUCUUCUCAGCUUUCAAAGUUAGAAUUAUACAAUAAAACUAUUUAAUUGAAAGUCUUUCAAAAAGCCCUGAAGGCAAACUUCACACAGGCGCUCUUUUACCCAUGUCACAAAGUUAUUCAAUUCAGUUCAGUUCAAUUUUAUUUAUAUAGGGCCAAAUCACAACAAACAGUCGCCUCAAGGCGCUUUGUAUUGCCGGUAAAGACCCUACAGUUAUAACAUCACAAGAAUGUGAUUGGUCAGCAGAGAUGGCCUGGAGCAUCAACACUUAUAACCAAGUACAACACCAACAUGGUGAUUUCCAACGAUGUGAUUAACACACACACACACACACACACACACACACACACACACACACACACACACACACACACACACACACACACACACACACACACACACACACACACAAACACUCUAAAAGAAGCACAACAGCACCCACAAUCAAAUCUUCAACUUAAAGUAUGUAGAACUAUGAAUGUUCUUUUUUUGUAAUGCAGCUUAAGAAGAUGCAACUACUGUUUGUGCAGGUAUUUAUAUUUAUACUUUUUUUUUUUUUUUUUUACUAUUAUGCUUGAUCAUUCACAGACUGAAAGACACUUUUGUAUGUUUCUUCUUGUUACCGGCUUCAUCACCAUUGUCCAUGAAAAACUUCGUAGUCUGAGAUCUGGAAAUUGCGUAUAAGAAAAGAAAAAAAAAAUAAGGGCCCCAAAAUAGCAAUGCAUGAUGUCAUUGUUUGUUCCAGAAAGUUGUCACCUCACCUUUAUGGGAAUUUAUUAUUGUUAUUCUUUUUUUUCUAAUUUAAAAAUGUGUGUGAAUGUAGGUGUGUGUGUUUGGAGUGAUGAUGGCAAAUAUAUGUACGUGAACAAUCUACACAGGCAACAUGAAGCACUGUGAAAA